UGCUGCUCUGGCUGCCCCUCCAGGGAUGAAAAGAACCAGUCCAUCAUCGUGAGCGGGGAGUCGGGGGCAGGCAAGACGGUCUCUGCCAAAUACGCCAUGCGCUUCUUCGCCACCGUCGGGGGCUCUGCCAGCGAGACCAACAUCGAAGCCAAAGUCCUGGCCUCCAGCCCCAUCAUGGAGGCCAUUGGGAAUGCUAAAACAACAAGGAAUGACAACAGCAGCCGCUUUGGGAAAUACAUUCAGAUUGGCUUUGAUAAAAGAUACCACAUCAUUGGUGCCAACAUGAGGACGUAUCUGCUGGAAAAAUCUCGGGUUGUAUUUCAGGCAGAGGACGAGCGCAACUACCACAUCUUCUACCAGCUCUGUGCCUCCUCAAGCCUUCCAGAAUUCAAAGACCUUGGACUCACGUGUGCUGAAGACUUUUUCUACACUUCUCAGGGAGGUGACACGUCCAUUGAUGGCGUGGACGAUGCUGAUGACUUUGAGAAAACCAGACAUGCCUUCACCCUGCUUGGAGUGAAGGAGUCUCAUCAGAUGACCAUUUUCAGGAUAAUUGCUGCCAUUCUGCACCUGGGGAACUUGAAAAUCCAAGGGGAACGAGACGGGGAGGUCUGCAGUGUAUCGAGCGAGGACGAGCACCUGAGCAGCUUCUGCAGCCUGCUGGGCGUGGAGCACAGCCAGAUGCAGCACUGGCUCUGCCACCGCAAGCUCGUCACCACGGCCGAGACCUACGUGAAGAGCAUGUCCCUGCACCAGGUGGUGAACGCCAGGAACGCCCUGGCCAAGCACAUCUACGCCCAGCUCUUCAACUGGAUCGUGCAGCACGUCAACAAGGCCCUGCACACCACUGUGAAGCAGCACUCCUUCAUCGGCGUGCUCGACAUCUACGGGUUUGAAACUUUUGAAGUGAAUAGCUUUGAACAGUUCUGUAUCAACUAUGCCAACGAAAAGCUCCAGCAGCAGUUCAACUCGCACGUGUUUAAGCUGGAACAAGAAGAGUACAUGAAGGAGGGAAUCCCUUGGACUCUCAUAGACUUCUACGACAACCAGCCCUGCAUAGACCUGAUAGAGGCCAAGCUUGGCAUCCUGGACCUGCUGGACGAAGAGUGCAAGGUGCCCAAGGGCACGGACCAGAACUGGGCGCAGAAGCUCUACGACCGCCACGCCGCCAGCCAGCACUUCCAGAAGCCUCGCAUGUCCAACACCUCCUUCAUCGUCCUGCACUUCGCUGACAAGGUGGAGUACCAGAGCGAGGGGUUUCUGGAGAAGAACAGGGACACUGUGUAUGAGGAGCAGAUCAACAUCCUGAAAGCCAGCAAGUACCAGAUGGUAGCAGACUUAUUCCAGGAGGAGAAGGACGCCGUGCCCGCCUCUGCCGUGCCAAAGAGAACACCCCGGAUCAACGUGCGCUCUGCCAAGCCAGCCUUCAAGGCUGCCAACAAGGAGCACAGGAAAACAGUGGGACACCAGUUCCGCAACUCCCUGCAGCUGCUGAUGGAGACCCUGAAUGCCACCACCCCCCACUACGUGCGCUGCAUCAAGCCCAACGACGAGAAGCUCCCCUUCAAGUUUGAUCCGAAGAGAGCAGUGCAGCAGCUGAGAGCCUGUGGAGUGCUGGAGACCAUCCGGAUCAGUGCAGCUGGCUUCCCAUCCAGGUGGUCCUACUCUGACUUUUUCAAUAGGUACCGUGUGCUUAUGAACAAGAGAGACCUCUCUAAGAACGACACGAAGCAGAUCUGUCAGACCCUGCUGGAAGACCUCAUUAAGGAUCCAGACAAGUUCCAGUUUGGCCGUACCAAGAUCUUUUUCCGUGCAGGCCAGGUGGCAUAUCUGGAGAAACUGCGGGCAGAUAAGUUCAGAGCUGCCACCAUCAUGAUCCAGAAGACAGUGCGGGGCUGGCUGCAGAGGGCCAAGUACCAGAGGCUGAGACGAGCCACCCUCGCCCUGCAGCGCCACGCCCGCGGGCACCUGGCACGCAGGCUUUUCCAGCACCUGAGGAGGACGAGGGCUGCCAUCAUCUUGCAGAAGCAGUACCGAAUGCUGCGGAUGCGCCGGGCCUUCCUGAGGGUCCGCAGCGCCACCCUCACCAUCCAGGCUUUUGCUCGGGGCAUGUUUGUCAGGAGGAUUUACCACCAGAUGCUGAUGGAGCACAAGGCCACCAUCCUGCAGAAGUACGCCCGGGGCUGGCUGGCCCGCGCGCGGCUCCGCCGGGCCCAGGCCGCCGCCGUGGUGCUGCAGUGCCACUGGCGGCGCCUCAGGGCCCGGCGCCAGCUCCAGGCCCUCCGCAUCGAGGCACGCUCGGCACAGCACCUCAAGAAGCUCAACAUCGGCAUGGAGAACAAGGUGGUGCAGCUGCAGAGGAAGGUGGACGAGCAGAACAAGGAGAACAAGCUUCUGACUGAGCAGCUGUCCAUGCUGACAUCAGCCCACUCCUCCGAGGUGGAGAAGCUGAAGAAGGAGCUGCAGCAGUACCAGGAGACCCAGCAGGGUGAUGGCAAGCAGCUCCUCAGCCUACAGGAGGAGACAGAGCGGCUGCGGAUGGAGCUGGAGAGGGCUCACGGGGAGAGGGAGGUCCUGGAGGACAGCCACGGCAAGGAGAGGGACCUGCUGAGGAAGCGUAUCUCCGACCUGGAAGAAGAAAACGCUCUCCUGAAGCAGGAAAAAGAGGAGCUGAACAGCAGGAUCCUCUGUCAGUCUGAAGAUGAAUUUGCACGAAACACAGUUGAGGAAAAUAUGCAGAUGAAGAAAGAGCUGGAAGAAGAGAGAUCUCGUUAUCAGAACCUGGUAAAAGAGUAUGCAAGUCUGGAGCAGAGAUACGACAACUUGAGGGAUGAAAUGACUAUUUUUAAGCAAACACCGGGGCACAGGAGAAACCCAUCCAACCAGAGCAGCUUGGAGUCUGAUUCCAAUAACCCAUCCAUCUGCACCUCUGAGAUCGGGGACACCGAGGAUGUGAUACAGCAGGUGGAGGAGAUUGGGAUGGAGAAAGCAGCCAUGGACAUGACCCUCUUCCUAAAGCUACAGAAGCGAGUGAGGGAGCUUGAGCUGGAGAGGAAGAAGCUGCAAGCCCAGCUGGACAAAAAGGAGCAAGACAGCAAGAAAUCCCAGGUAAUUGAAAUAAAGACUGAAGUGGCUUCAGAACAUGAAGAUUUUGCAUACAACAGCCUGAAGAGGCAAGAGCUGGAGUCGGAGAACAAGAAGCUGAAAAAUGAGCUCAAUGAGCUGAGGAAGGCCAUUGCAGACCACGCCACCCAGAACAACUCUUCCAACGACGUGCAGGACGGCUACAACCUCCUCCUGAACCAGCUGAAAUCGGCCAACGAGGAGCUGGAGGUGCGCAAGGAGGAGGUGCUCAUCCUCAGGUCGCAGAUCAUGAAGGCAGCCCAGCAGAAAGAGACGGGGAAAAACAUGGUAAAGGAGAGGGAGAGCAUCUCCCCCAAUGCCAGCUGGCCCAACAGUGACCGGCACGUUGACCAGGAGGACGCGAUCGAAGCCUACCAGGGCAUGUGCGAGACCAACCGCAAGACUGAGGACUGGGGCUAUCUCAAUGAAGAUGGAGAGCUCGGCUUGGCUUAUCAAGGUUUAAAGCAAGUUGCCAGGUUGCUCGAAGCACAGCUCCAGGAACAGAGAAGGGAGCAUGAGGAGGAGAUGGAAGCUCUGAAAAACCAGGUGGAUUUAAUGCAAGAGGAGCUGGAGAAGCAGCAGCAGGCAUUCCUGCAGACUAUGCAGCUCUCUCCAGAGGUCCAGGUGGAAUUUGGACUUCAGCAAGAAAUUACACGUCUGACCAAUGAAAACCUGGAUCUUAAAGAAUUGCUGGAAAAGUUGGAAAAGAAUGAAAAGAAACUGAAGAAGCAGCUGAAGAUUUACAUGAAGAAGGUCCAAGAUUUUGAAGCAUCCCAGACAAUGGUGCCAGUGGAGAGGAGGCCACAUGAGAGGAACAUGCAGGUUGCUGUCCAGAGGAAGGAGAAGGAUUUUCAGGGCAUGCUGGAAUAUUACAAAGAAGAUGAGCCACUCCUCAUCCGAAACCUCAUCACAGAUCUCAAGCCCCAGGCAGUGUCUGCUACUGUUCCCUGCCUUCCUGCUUACAUCCUCUACAUGUGCAUCAGACACGCAGAUUACAUCAAUGAUGACCAGAAGGUGCACUCCUUGCUCACCUCCACCAUCAACGGCGUUAAGAAAGUGCUGAAGAAGCACCAGGAUGACUUUGAGAUGACGUCGUUCUGGCUGGCGAACACCUGCCGCCUGCUGCACUGCCUGAAGCAGUACAGCGGGGAAGAGGGUUUCAUGACCCAAAACACGGCGAAGCAGAAUGAGCACUGCCUGAAGAACUUCGACCUGACCGAGUACCGCCAGGUGCUGGGCCACCUCUCCAUCCAGAUCUACCAGCAGCUCAUCAACAUUGCAGAGGGCAUCCUGCAGCCCAUGAUCGUGUCUGCUGUGUUGGAAAAUGAGAGUAUCCAAGGGCUUUCCAGUGUCAAACCGGUGGGCUACAGGAAAUAUUCCUCCAAUGCGGUUGACAGCUCCUACAGCUUGGAUGAAAUGAUUCGCCAGCUGAACACAUUCCACAGCAUCAUGUGUGACCAGGGCCUGGACCCAGAGAUCAUCCAGCAGGUGUUCAAGCAACUCUUCUACAUGAUCAACGCCAUCGCCCUCAACAACCUGCUGCUGAGGAAGGAUGUCUGCUCGUGGAGCACGGGCAUGCAGCUGAGGUUUAACAUCAGCCAGCUGGAGGAAUGGCUGCGUGGGAAGAAUCUGCAGCAGAGUGGAGCAGCACAAACUUUGGAGCCCUUGAUUCAGGCAGCACAGCUCCUGCAGCUGAAAAAGAAAACCUCAGAGGAUGCUGAGGCCAUCUGCUCCUUGUGCACGUCGCUCACAACCCAGCAGAUUGUAAAGAUACUUAAUCUCUACACUCCUGUGAACGAGUUUGAAGAACGUGUGACAGUAGCUUUCAUACGAAACAUUCAGAAGCAGUUGCAGGAACGGAAUGACCCUCCACAGCUGCUGUUAGACUUCAAGCACAUGUUCCCAGUUCUCUUCCCAUUCAACCCAUCUGCCAUCACCAUGGACUCCAUUCAUCUCCCUGCUUCUCUCAACUUGGAUUUUCUCAAUAAAGUCUGAAGAAAGUAGAAUUAAACUCACCUCUCACACCCAGAGACUUCCCACAAAAGAAGAAAAAUCAUAAAAAGAAUUCAAGAGCUGUUUAAACAUGGACCAAACAGGCUUAUGGAAGAACCAGUACACAGUAACAAAUGGAUGCUAAAAUGUACACUAAAAAGACACUGGUCUGUAUGUGAUUUUUUUUUUUUUUGGUAAUUCGCAUCUCAGAAAUAAGGAUACUUGAAAAAUAGAUUUAUUUUUUAAUGUUUGAUUUUGUGUUGACAUAGUUCAACGCCCAUAAUCAUCUCCAAAAGCCAGGAAGUGGGAGACAGCUUAUUUUGAUUUUCAUAGGUGUCUAUGACAAAAACAAAAUUUGAGACACUUGUGCUGCCUUGAAGGAUGUGUCAUUUGUCUAGUAGCAGGUGGUCUUGUGUGUAUGAAUAGCAGAACAUGCAGUUCUGGUUUCAGUUCUUGCUAGUAACUGCAUCCAUGAUAGUGAAUUGAAAAGGUAAAUUGCAGAAGGUGUGUAUUUAUCACACCAAAAAGGUAAAAAGACUGGGAUGCUGCUUGUUUCCACUGAUGUGGAAAUUGUCACAAAUAGUAUGGUUGGGAAAUGCUGUUGCUCCUCCUAAAGACAUUCAGUGCAUCUGCUUCAUGGAAAUUUAGAUAAAUGGGCAGGGAUUUGUUCCAGUGGACUUUCUUGCAUUACCAAAUUUACGUUAGCAAAGGCUUUGCCCUAGUGAAAUAAUCAUGAUGCAAAGGACUGCCUUAAGCCUUCUGCUUCUAGUAUAGCAUCAUCCUGAUCCCUGCUGUUGGCUUUCCUUGUGCUUUCGAGUGUCAAACACUUUCAUCCUGUGGCUGUCAAGGUUCUUGUACCUCUUACACGGCCAGUGUCAGAACCCCAUGCACAGAUCAUGCUAAGGAACCCAGUUUAGUCAUCCAGCCCUACCUGUGUUCAGUGGGUUAAUCCUAGCUGUAGCUGUCCAUGGAAAAACUCCAUUCACUUCAGUAGCCAUCCAGAAUGUUACGAAUCAUGCAAAUACACAGCUUGGAUAUAUUUUAGAAAUUUAAAAAUUUCUAAAAGAGAUGAAAUGUUCUAAUAAAAAAAAAAAAAAAAAAAAAAGCUGUCAGGUGGUAUGUUAGAAACAUAAGCCAUUUCUUUAAGAGUUAACCCAAACUACAACGACCUUAAAUGAAUAAUUGCUUUCAAUUCAGAUUCUAUUUGUUUUUUUCUUUUUUUAAAUCAGACUUAUAAACUAAGCCAAACCAACCCUCUGACCUCACCACAGAGACGCUGAAGGAGACCAGGCAUUGGUUUUUCUUUGGUCCUUGGCAGCCCACACAGAGCUCUCAGUGGCUGCUGGGCAGGGGAGGAGGUGGGUUCCCCAGGGUCAGAGCUGCUCCACGACUGCUCAGCGUGGGGAUGCUUCUGCCACAGCACAACGUGCCAAACUGCAGUCAGGAUGUGUGGCUGCCAGCAUUCUGCCCUUUCCACUUCCACAAUAUUCUUGUUUAAAUCAAUCUUCACUCACCUGCUUUUGUGGCUCCUCCUGUGGUCCGCAGCUCCAUCAUGACUAGAAGCUUUCUGAGAAAAAUCCACUCUCUCCAUCUGACUCCUUUUAGCUGGUGUAAAUCCAAACAGCAAAUUUAUGACCAGGUAGGCUGUCUGCUCAGAGACUGAAAGUAGAAUGUGAAGUUUCUUGGAGAUACACUAACUCCUGCCUGCUGCAGUUUCCUUUCUAGGCAAGCAGCAUGUUGGGUUUUAGGCAUCAUGUAUAUAAUCGGUGUAUAUACGAACUGCAGUAGUCCUGUAUGUACUAUAUAUGUAUAUGACUAUCCAAAAAAAGCACAUUUUAAAAGAAACUGUUGAGUGCUGUGCAGAGUUAUAUCGGUCCAUGCUAGUGGGUAAAUACCUUGAUUCAAACAGAGACUAUAGUUCAGAGCAACUGUUACCACUGAAGGACAGACUUCAGGCUAAAAAGUAAUUUUUUCCCCCUUAACCAUCACCCAUUGAAUUACAGAUAUUUUGCUUGUAAAGAGCCAGGACUGUCUCCAAACUGCAGUCCUUGGGCACUCAUCUCUGCUGUGUCUUCAGUAGUGCCUUCAUCUCCCCUGGCUAUACAAUGAGGGUAAUGCCACCAGUUGCUGCCUGUGCCCAGCAAGCCCUGCCACCCACUCGCCCACUAUAUCUUUAUUUAUUUUCGCCUACCUCUUUUCACAAUGAAUCUCCUUGCAGUGCUCUGAAUUUUGUUAGUUGUCGCCUCUCCCUUUCUUCCACGCUCCAACAGUCUGGUUUAAGAAUAAAUAAUUCAAAGCAGGAUUCAGCCUUUCUGUAAGGUGGUUUAAACAGAGAGCUGUUGCUCAGGAUUCAUGUUAGGUCAGCAGUUUCAGGCAGUUCAGGUCUCUACCUCUUUCUGAUGUAAAUUAUUUGGAGUACAAUUCCCAAUGCAUUGAUUAAGCCUAUGCUUAUCACUCAGACUAAGUGACAGGCUGCUGCAGAAUCCUCUUCUGCAGUGACUUUGUUGCUGAUUACCACUGUAAAAUGUGCUUAAUGGUCUUCUAGGGGAUAAUGGUCCUUCACUGGCACUUUCAGGAUUGUAAUUUAUAUGUUCUUUCUUAAAAACUCUUAGUAUGUGUAGAUGGGAACUGGGAUUUAACAUCCUGAUCUGUGAUCCCGUGGUUUAUCCACUGAGAUCCUUCUGGAAGAGAACACUGUAUGAAACACCUUUAUAUAUGUUAUUUUUUCUGUUAGCACUUUUUAAAAUUUGUAUUUAAAUGUUAAUUUAGUUAAAUUGCUAUGCUCAAGCAUGCCUUCUUUCCUCAGAUUUACACUUCUUUAUUUAAAAAGCAAAAUGAACACAAAGCAUGGUUUAGAGAAAGCUGGCUCUUCUCCAGAUUUUUCUUUAUUUUUAAAUAUUGAUUAUUAUGUUUAGCAUUUUCCCACUCUGUGCCUUCAGCUGUUUAACUCAACCACUCCUUCUCUAAAAUAAGCAUUAAAACACUGGAAUAUUUUUGUUAUUCUGUCGUAGAAAAAGUUGUCUAUGGAUAUAAAAGCCUACUCAUAAAAUCUUACAUUGAAGAGGUCUGCAAAAACACUUUGAAGUUCUUGGGGAAAAAAAACCUAAACAAUAGUGACCCACAGUGAUUUCUGCAAAUAUGAUGGCUUAUAUCUCAGAAAUGCACUAUUGGGAAUACAAUAAAAUAAAAUAAACCAUCAAAAUGCCCAUGUAAUCACCAGCAUUACAGCACCAACACUUCAAAUAUGAGUCGAGGCAUAUGCUGGCUGACCUACAAGAAGCAUCCAGGACAAUGUCCAUGUUUCAUUUUCACCACAAAGUUCUUUUUCUUCUUCCUUUUUUAUUUUUUUAAUUGCCAUUUUGUAGCUGAGGUUACUUAUCUGAUAAAGCUGCUGUAGGUGACUGUAGAAAAAGAACAUUAGACCUCAAGACUGAAUUUUUGCAAUCCUACAUUACAAACAUUUUUUUGCUCAUGCAGUUUAUUCCACUGGAUUACCAAAAAUUUCUUUGCAUUUGUGAAACAGUACCGAAGUGUGGGCAUGUUUUAAGCACAGUGGCUGCUUUUCAUCACCCUGCAACUUGAACACUGAAGUCUUUGCAGGACAGGAUUCCUCGUUUGUGUGAUUUGCAAAAGGUGCAAAUGAAAAAGUUGCACUUGAAACAAUGGUUGUUUUCCUCCAUUUUCAAUAGUAAAUGAAUAAAAUUGUGCAAACUUAUUCUUUUGGACCAUUAACUGGAAAAUUAGCAUUUUAUCAUUGCAUAUAAAUAGAACCUAAUUAAAAUGAAUUGCAUGAACUUCCAUGAAGCUUUUUCCUCAAACUUUAUUGAUUCACAUAUAUAUUACAGUCAUAAAUUUAUCUUUUUUUUCUGAAAGAAAUACUAGCAAGGUAGAUGUUAAGUAAAACAAUCCACAAGACAUCACCUUGAUGAGUAUCCAAAUUAUUUCAAGGUGUGAAUGCCAGUGGACAAAGACUUUCAGAUUAAUUUGAAAUCAGAAGAAAAGAAGUAUAUUUAAAAAGUGCUACUAUAUUGAAAUCUUUGGGGAUAUUUUUAUUUUAUUUUUUGUGGUGUGACGUGUCAUUACCUUAAGGAGCAGAAGGUAUAGCUGCUGUCAAAGUUGAAUGAUAUACAUGAGUGAAUACUGUAGAUGAAAUACUACUGCUUAUAAAAUAUUUUUCCAUUUUGAACAAAUCUGUAAACUACACCUUUGUUUAUAAGAAAAUGCUUGUAAUAGUCACUGUAAUAUUCAGCUGGGGAUAAAAAGAAAUUUGUGAAAUAAACACUUUUGAAGAAA